AUGGACAGAGAGAUAGUCUCGGUGAUUGAUCUCUAUAGGGAGUGGUUCAUUCCCGGUGCGGAUGGUUUGUGUGUGGAAACCUUAGAGCGUGGCUCGAAGGCAUGGCGAAAGGGUCCCCAGAAUAAAACGUUUUUCUUGCGCCGGAAAGUGGUUAUCGAGGAAAUUGUGAAGGUCGCUCGUGAGACUGGUAAACCCCAGGUUGAGAUCGCUCAGAUGUUCGAGCGAGUCCGUUCGGAACGCAAUAUUGGCCUUGCAAAACUAGCCUCAGCGAUCAAGAAGGGGGAGAUUAAAGUGGUAUAA